GUCUAACACAAAUGUUUCUUUUUCUCACGUCACGAAAACGAACCACGUGUUUCUGCAGAUGUCGUUUUAAAGCAGAACCUUUUGUUAGUUUUCUGUGUUUUUCAGUUCCUGCCGUUCGCUCGGUCACACGGUCGCUUCCUCAGACAGCGUUUUUUUCUCUGCUUCUUCUGUUUUCGCCUUUGACCAGUGAUGGUGACUUGAAUAAUAAUGCUCUCAUUGCUUUGAUCUUAUAGCUGGAACCUGAUCAGGGAGCGUUUUGUGUUUUCUGGGUCGGCGGCCCUGAUCUUGCAUGGCGCUAAAGUUCCACGUGAAAACUUUACAAACAAAGUCCAAAAUCUCAUCUGUGCAGACGUUUCCACGCUUUGGUUGAUGGCAGCAGAGGAGUCGGCUCCUGUGGAAACAUCUGGAGAGAAACAGCUGCAGGAUGCACCUCCUCUCUCUCCUCUGGACACUCGGGCUCCUGCUGAAGGAGGCGCAGGCUUGGGGCUUCGCUAAUGGAAUAUUUCAUAAUUCGAUAUGGCUCGAACAAGCAGCUGGAGUUUACCACCGGGAAUCCCGUAAAGGACGAUACCAGCUGACUUUCAAAGAGGCCAAGGCCGUGUGCAAGUACGAGGGGGGAGCGCUGGCCACGUACGAACAACUGGAGGCCGCUCGCAAAAUAGGUUUCCACGUGUGUUCGGCCGGAUGGUUCGACAAAGGUCGCGUCGGUUACCCCAUCGUCAAACCCGGAGCCAACUGUGGCUUCGGGAAGAUCGGCAUCGUGGACUACGGAUACAGACUGAACAAGAACGAGAGAUGGGACGUGUACUGCUACAAUCCACACACGAAGGAGUGUGGUGGAGUUCUGACGGAGCAGCAGAAGAUCAUUCAGACUCCCGGUUUCCCUGAAGAAUACCAGAACGAGCAGAUCUGUUACUGGCACAUCCGCGUCCGCCUCGGUCAGAGAGUCCACCUGCGCUUCCUGGAGUUUGACGUGGAGGACGACAUGUCGUGUCUCGCUGAUUACCUGGAGGUUUACGACAGCUACGACGACGUCUCGGGCUUCGUUGGCAGAUUCUGUGGGGAUUAUUUACCUGAAGACAUCAUCAGCACAGGAAACGUGGUGACACUGAAGUUCCUCACCGACGCUUCAGUCGCGUCUGGAGGUUUUCAGCUACAAUACACGGCCUUUAAUGCAACGUUAAUGCAGCCACACAACCACACCCACUACACUGAGCCGUGAUCACGUUACUGUAUUUAUAAUGUUUGGAAUAGUUUCCUCGUCAACUGUAAUAAAUGACUUUUUAAGGUUG